GAAUUACACUUUCCCCUUUCGCCUCGUCCUCCUCCUCUUGCUCGCUUUACCUACUAUAUCCCUCCAGAAAUCUCCCCCGUGCAAGAUCUCCCACCGCCACAGCUACUCGCCCUCGCCUUCCCUGUCGUUUCGCAGCGAUGGAUGAGUGGGAAGGCCAAGCCGAGCACUGGGUUUACGUUGCUGUCGCCGUGGGUGCGGUGACGAUUCUGAUGCUGGUUGCCGGUGAAGCCUCGCCUCGUCCUCCUUCCCGACCUCGCUUUUGCCCCCCACCUCGCCCUUGCUCUCGCUAUGCUUCCUCAGCGAUGGAUGCGUGGGUUUGCCAAGCGGAGGCGUGGGCAGGCCGAGUCGAGCACCGGAUCUGUCAGCAAACCCCGGAGCAGAUUUACCUUGCUGUCGCCGUGAUUGCGGUGACGGUUCUGGUGCUGGUCGCAGCUUCUCGUCCGAAGUCAUCGAAACCUAACACCAUAGUUCUAUGCGGGCUUAGUGGCAGUGGCAAAACUGUUCUUUUCUACCAGCUUCGCAAUGGAUCAUCACAUCAAGAAACUGUGACUUUGAUGGAACAUAACAAUGAUACAUUUGUGCUACACUCGGAGCUGGAAAGGCAAGGCAAAAUAAAACCUAUUCAUGUUAUUGAUGUUCCUGGUCAUGCAAGGCUGAAACCGAAGCUUGAUGAAGUCCUGCCUCAGGCAGCUGGGGUUGUUUUUGUUGUCGAUGCUCAAGAUUUCUUGUCCAGCGUGCAAGCUGCUGCAGAGUACUUGUAUGAUAUUUUGACGAAGGCAACUGUACUGAAGAAAAGGGUUCCUGUUCUGAUAUUCUGCAACAAGGCAGAUAAAGUUACAGCUCACUCAAAGGAGUUCAUCAAGAAGCAGUUGGAGAAAGAAGUAAACAAGCUCCAGGAAUCAAGGAACGCCAUAUCAUCCGCUGACAUCACUGAUGAAGUCCAGCUUGGGGUCCCUGGAGAGGCAUUCAACUUGAGUCAGUGCCCGAGCAAGGUGAUAGUUGCUGAAGGUGCUGGUCUGACUGGCAAUGUUUCGGCAGUCGAGCAAUUCAUCCGCGAGUAUGUGAAGCCAUAGGUUCAUCUUUCACCCAUGGUCAUAUCAUGUAACGCCUGACGGCUGUUCCACAUCCACAAGUACUAGGAAACAGUCAGCUGGAGAAGGAGUGUUGUGUGCUUGAGAGCGUAAUCGUUAUGUGCGUGCUGUGAGAGUGAACCGCGUGGGUGUGGCGCAGUUAUAAGCCACUGUAACCUUUUGGCAGGUUUAUCGUCUAAGUAACGAUGUGGUCUCUGUAACCUUUUGGCAGGUUUAUCGUCUAAGUAAUGAAAUAGAACCCCAGGUCCAAGCCUGCUGUUCGAGCCGGCUGUUCUACUUA